UCCUCUCUGUCUCUCUCUCUCUCUAACGAGCCUCCUCGAAUCUCUUUUCACUACAGCUUCGGGUCCUGAAAGCUAAAGGAGGACCCAUACAAACACACACACACACAUAAAACCAAACUGUGCAUAGCGAGAGAUACAUAUUUAUCUAUAUAGAUACAUAUCUCUACAGCAAGAGGGAUAGAAAGAGAAAGAGUGAGAGAACUCUCCUAAAUCAUGGAUUCGCUCGUUGUGGUAGAAUUUCAAGCACCCUUUUUUGGGUUGGAUUUGGUGGUAAUGUGGUGUGCGUAGUGGGCUGUAAUUAUUCGAGAAUUCUAAAUAUGGAUUUAUCUUUUGAGGUGAUUUGUCAUUUCAACCAUUGAAUGGCUCUGUUGUCUGUGGUUUACUUUUUCAUGGUCUGAAGGAAGUGCACUUGACCCAUCAAAAUGUAGUAAGCUAAGCAUGGAUAAAAAAAGAGAACUUGUCUAUCAAUUAUCAAAGUAUGCAGGUGCCUCAGAAAUGCUACAGUCAUGGAGCCGUCAGGAAAUUUUGCAGAUCCUGUGUGUGGAGAUGGGAAAAGAAAGGAAAUACACAGGCUUGACAAAGUUGAAAAUCAUAGAGCACCUUCUUAAAAUUGUUUCUGAAAAGAAAGCUGGGGAGUGUGAAGCGACAGCAGAUGUCGAGACAGAAUCAUCUCCUACACCUGUCCAUAAAUCUUCCAAAAGGCAGAGGAAAAUUGAUAACCCAUCACGGUUAACUGUUUCUGUUAACUACACUGCAGCUAACAAUGGAAGCAAUGAUUUAGGUAAUACUGUGUAUUGUAAAAACUCAGCAUGCAGGGCUACCUUAAAACAAGGUGAUGAAUUUUGCAAGAGGUGUUCAUGUUGCAUCUGUUAUAAGUACGAUGACAACAAGGAUCCCAGCCUGUGGUUAACUUGCAGCUCAGAGCCUCCAUUUCAGGGUGUUGCAUGUGGUAUGUCAUGUCAUCUUGACUGUGCCUUAAGACAUGAAAGGUCAGCCAUUGGAAAAGAUGGAUAUGAUGGGAGCUUUCGUUGUGUAGCUUGUUGGAAAGAAAAUGAUUUACUUGGAUGCUGGAGAAAACAAUUAUUGAUGGCCAAGGAUACCAGGCGGGUAGACAUAUUAUGCUAUCGUGUGUCCUUAAGUAGAAAACUUCUUAACAAGACUGGAAAGUAUCAAAACCUUUAUGAGAUCAUAGAUGAAGCUGUGAAGAAGCUUGAAGCUGAAGUGGGUCCAUUAACUGGCUUACCUGUAAAGAUGGGUAGGGGUAUUGUCAAUAGACUUUCUUCAGGACCGGAGGUUCAAAAAUUGUGUGCUUUUGCUUUGGAGUCACUCGACAAAAUGCUUUCAAGUACUGUUGCUCAUCCAUUCCCUGAUCCAUUGAUGAGAGAUAUAAAUGCAACAGCUAUGACAAUGGUCAGUUUUGAAGAUGUAUAUGCAACUUCAUUAAUUGUGGUUUUGAGUUCUGAAGUUCCUUCACCGAGUGCUAUUGUUGGUUAUACCUUAUGGCAUCGCAAGGCUCAGGAUACUGAUUAUCCUACAGAACCAACAUGCACACUGUUUGUGCCCAAUACAAGGUUUGUUGUCACAGGUCUAUCUCCAGCUACACAGUACCAUUUCAAAAUUGUUUCCUUCAAUGACGUAAGAAGAGAAAUGGGCAUGUUUGAAGUUCAGUGCUGUACUCAGGAUGAAGUCCCAAACUGCUUGGUUGUAGAAAGAAGUCAAAGCCCAGCAACCAAUUGUAGCAGCCUUUCUAAUCCAUCUUCUGUUGAAGAUGAAACUAAUCACAAUGGUCCAUGUGGUGACCAGAUUGUUUACCGGGCAGACAAUUAUCUUAGUUAUUGUAAGGAUAGUGAUAAAAUUGUUUCUGCCAAUGUGUCCAAUAGUGUUAUUAUAACCUGUGGUGGCACAAGUGGAGGAGGAACCAUAGCGGAUGCAGUUCCCUUGCUAGAUGGAGAACAUGCAGUGCAGGUAGCUAACUUGAUGCCAGGUUCUGAUAUGCAAAAGCUUCAGAACAAGCAUUUACCAGAGGACCAAAUAGUUGAUGAUAUAAGCAUGGAUAAUGGGUCAGGUACCCCUGUUCAAACUGGCUUAGAAUGCGUGCCAUAUGUGGGCAACUCAGAAGUUAGUUUGCCUAUUACUCCCUGCAAGUUGGAAAUAAUUAAAGAUGUGCAAGGAAGACAUGCAAGAUCAAAAUCCAGCAACAAGGAUCUGUUAAAUGGCACUGGGAAAGGAGAAGAGCCCCUCGAUGUUAGCACAUCAAAAAAGAGAAGUGGAGAAAGGCGAGAUGAAGAGUGUAUGGCCAAUGGUCAUUCAGACAGGGAUUUUGAGUAUUAUGUGAAGGUUAUCAGACGCUUAGAAUGUGAGGGACAUAUUGAGAGGAAUUUCAGGCAGAAAUUCUUGACUUGGUAUGGCUUAAGAGCAACCCCACAAGAGAUAAGGGUUGUGAAGGCAUUUGUUGAUACAUUCAUUCAAGAUCCUGCAUCUCUUGCAGAACAGCUUGUGGAUACCUUUUCAGAAUGUAUUUCGAGCAAGAGAUCAUCUUUUGUGCCUCCUGGGUUCUGCAUGAAGCUAUGGCAUUGACAGCCUAAUGGUUUGCUACAUGAACCUGCUAUUGGUUUGUGUAUAAUUCUUUACACUCCAUUAACAUUCAUCAUUCAGACUAUCAUCAUUUACAUUUGUAUCAGCUUUUGCCAUUCUUAUGGUGUAAGAAUGUUAGAAUUCAUUUUAUUUUAUAUAUAGUGCCCUUUGCUUUCAUUUUA